AUUACACUUCCGGUCCUCGUCUCGCGCGAUUUUACACGUUUCUAUCCUUAGCGGGUCAUGCACAACAACUAAAUUUGUAAAGUUUGUUCUGAAUUUCCUCGUGUUUUGGGUGCUGUGGGACUUUGGUGGAGAUGGCGACCGUCCUGCUACAGGCUUUGGAGCGGACGGAGCUGAACAAACUUCCCAAAGGCAUUCAAAACAAACUGGAGAGGUUUGUUACGCAGCUCCAAAAUGCUAACGAGGCGCUGAAGACCGAGCGGGAGAGACUCAAAGCUGACAGUGAGCAGCAGUAUUUUGACAUUGAAAGGAGGCUUGCAGAAACUCAGGAGCAGUUCUUUACAUCCACAAAGGACCUACAAACUGUGAAAGAGGAAAACAAAAAACUAAAUGAAGAGCUGAGCACUUUGAAGGGAAUAGAGGGAGAGUCAACAGAUGAAAAAUCAUCUCAGCCACAGCAGCAGACCAAAACAAAACAUGAAAUUGAAGCAGAAAAAAAGGAAUUGGCUCGGUUGCUGGAGAAGAGGACGCAGGAGGUGGAGAACCUGAAUGAGGAUUUGACACGACUGAAUGAGAAGCUGGUUGAGACAAACAAAGUGAAGAUGGAUCUGCAGUUGAAACUGGAUAAUAUUCAGUCAUCUGAGGCCUCUUUACAGCACCGGGAGAAACACAUGGCGCAGGAGAAAGAGCUGCUUCAACAGAAGAUUGACUGGCUCACGUCUGAACUGAAAGCAAAGACCAACGAGCUACUAGAGACUAACCGAGAGAAAGGCAAACAAAUAGUGGAGCUACAAUCAAGUCUGCAGACAUGCAAGGAAGAUGUGUCCAGAUUGGAAAUCCAGUUGACCUCCCUAAAGAAUACCAGUGAAAGUCAGACCAAGAGAGCAGAAGACCUCAACAACAAACUGAAAAAGGCGAAAGAGGAACAGUGUGCCAUGGAGGAGAAAUAUCGCAAUGAACUUAAUGCACAUAUUAAAUUGUCUUCACUGUACAAGAGUGCAGCAUCUGACAUGGAAGCAAAGAACAAAGAAUUGAACAGAGCUGUAGAGGGCCUCAGUAAGAUGAUGCAAGAGACAGGAGAAGCCAAUAAAGUCCUGGAAAAGAAAGUCUCAGAGACGGAGGAACAAAAGACACGGCUUGAUGCUGAACUCAGAGAGAAGAUCAAGAAAAUGGAAAAGGAGCUGGAGAAUGUAUCAGUGAAGGCUGCUGGAAAACACUGCUGUGCACAGUCAUUAACGGAGGAGCAGUUAGAUGCUAUGUGUCCCUCAGCAGCUGCCAUUGCUGCUAUUGUCAAACCUGGCAUGAAGUUUUUUGAUCUGUAUAAUGCAUAUGCAGAGUGUCAGACUCAGCUGCAGCUCGAGAAGCAGGAAACCAGGAGAGUCAACAGAGUCUUGGAUGAGAUAGUUCAGGAGAUUGAAUCUAAAGCACCAGUCCUAAAACGACAGAGGGAGGAGUAUGAAAGCAUGCAGCGGUCCAUGGCUUCCCUCUGUAACAAACUGGAGCAAGCUCGCUCGGAGAUCUAUAGUCUACAGAAAGAGAAAGAUGAGUCAAAACAAAGAUGUGAUGUCCUUGAAAGGGAGAAGAAUAGAACAGAAAGGCAACUUGAUGACACAUCUGCACAGGUGUGUACUCUUCUUAUGGAGCUGGAAGAAGCACGUCAAAAUCCCAUGAUCAAAAACGAAGGCAGCUCUGCUAUGGAGGAGAGCAGGUCACAACAAGUGUCUUUCCGUAGCAUCCAGGACCUUCAACAGCAAAACCAAAACUUGCUGAAAAGACUGAAAGAACUAGAGGAUGAGAAGAACAAGAAGCAGACCAGUGUAACAUCAGAACGGUGUGCCAGAGCCAAUGUCAGCAAUAACUCCGCCCAGUCUCAGCUGCAAGCACUGAAGGACACAGUGGCACGGCUAACUACAGAAAGGGACAAUGCCAAGAAAGAUCUAGAGACCAAAAACCAUGACAUCCAGGAGAAAAACAAAACGAUCACUCAAGUUAAGAAGAUUGGACGCCGUUACAAGACUCAAUACGAAGAACUCAAGGCCCAGCACGACAAGUUGGUCCAGGAGACUGCAACUAAACAGGGAAGUGAAGCAGGCUCGAGUCAAGAUGCCCAACAGACGCAGCUCCUCACUCAGGCACAGGAGGAGUUGAAGAAGGUCCGAGAAGAACUGGACAAAAACAAAGAAGAAAUGCAGAAGAAAGUAGAAGAGAUUCAGAAAUCCAAACAGGAGUUGGAGGAGGCCCAAAAAGAAAACCAACAAACCAAAGAGAAGUUACAAGAACUUCAGAACCAGCUGAAUCAGAGCCAGAAUCAACUCUCACAAGUUCAAUCCCAGCUCUCGCAAACACAGACACAACUCCAGCAAAAUCAGAACCAGCUCAGCCAGAGUCAGAAGGAGCUGCAGCAGGCAAAGACCCAGAGCCAACAGUUGCAGAACCAGUUGAAGACGGCACAGACUCAAGCGCAGACCCGGCAGAACCAGAUCCAGCAAAUCCAGAAGGAGCUGCAGCAGGCCAAGGAAAACCUCCAACAAAAGGAGAAAGAACUUCAACAAAGUCAACAAAGCUCGCAACAAAGCCUCAACCAGGAAGUUAACAACCUCAAGACAGCCCUGAGCCAAGGAGAGACCAAGGUAACAGAACUUCAAGGACAACUGGACAACCUACAGAAGACUUUAGGUGAGCGUGAUGCAGAAGUGAAGCAUCUGGAGGAGCAGCUCAUGGAGACCAAAAAGGCAUCUGAAGCAGCACAGACCUUACAGGCCACACAGAGCCAGAACAGUGAGGGGAUUACGGGAGGAGACCCAGGACGAGAGGAUGAGCUCACCAAACUCAAACAGGAGUUAACUGAGAGCAAGAGCCGGGAGGAGCAGCUCAGACAGCAGAUGGCCGACAAAGAAGAAAAGACCAAAAAGGCUUUCCUUGGAGCCAAGACCAAGAUUAGCCAGCUCAACAGUGCUAAGGAGCAGCUGAGCAAAGAGCUGGAGGAGUUGAAGCAGGACAAAGAGGAGCAGGAGGUGCGGAUGAAUGCCAUAAAGUCUCAGUAUGAAAUGAGACUUGUCCGUUUGGACCGAGAGCUGAGAGAACUGAGAGAGAACCAGACUGAGCCCAGAGAGGAGCCCCAGGACCAGGGAGCAGCAAAGGGUGAUCAAGCCAGACCAUCUGAUCAGAGACAAAUAUCAUUGAAGAGCCCUGCCCAGGACAGAGGAAGCUCCUGUUUGUCUGAGCCUCCCACUGCCAAUAUCCGUCCGACCCCCAGCACCCCAUCCCCGAGCAGCAAACCAACCCCCACCCCAGGCAGUAAGGCCACCCCACGGGCCAGCAUUCGACCCAUGGUGACCCCUCCAUCUGUGCCCACUCCCACUCCUACUGCUACUGUCAUGCCAACCACGCAGGCUGACAGUCAAGAAGUCUCUCUUGGUACAGGAUCAUCCGUUCACUCUACCAGUUCCAGUUUGAGCAACACACCAACCACCAUUGCGCAGCCAACCAGCUCCCAGGCAACAGCUUUUGUCCAACCCACUCAGCAGCAGUCAUCCAAUCAGGAGCCAGGAUCCAGUAUGGAGGCAGAGCGUCCAUCCACAUCCUCAGCCUCUCUAGCCCCCGGUUCAAAGAGAGGUAGGGAUGAGGAGGAGGACGAGGACGAGGAAGAGGACAGUCGACCUGAAAGUUCACUCACUUCUCCAACUACCAAAAAACUACGACUGAAACCAGCAAUGGGUCUACAGGUUGAGGAAGAGGAGGAAAUUGAAGAAGAGCUUGGGGACGUCACAGAACGACCAGAUUCAGCUGACAGUGAGAUGGCAUUCCCUGUGAUGACAGCAGAAGAUGAGGAUAUUGAGGAUGAGGGCGUGUCCCAGUCAGUACCUUCAGACCAGUGUCAGGCUUUAGUUCGUGACGUAAUCGUGAUUGACACCGACAGUGAGAGCCGGGAGAGCAAAGAGACUGAGAAACAACAAGAAGAUGGAGAGGAGGAGGAGGAGGAUGAAGAGGAAGAAGAGCAGGAGGAUGAGUACAAGGAUGACGAAGAUGAUGAUGAAGAGGAUGAUGGUUCUGGAGCUGCUGGUAUGAGACCAGCAGAAGGCAGUAAUGAGGAGAGUAGAGAUGCUGAUGAGGAGGACGAAGAGCAGCCUUCAGAAAGUGUCCGGUCUGAGGACAAGACGGGUGCCACGUCAACUGAGCGAACUGCUGAGCCUUCACACAGUGGUGAAGGACGCAGUGGAGCAUCAUCAGAGGCUGACCCCCCAAGAGACCUGCUGCACCUGCCUCCUCACUCCUCCGUCCCCACACCCUCUCCAUCAUCUCUCGCCCCUCGUCUGCCCCAGCCACGCAGACCUCCUCAUUCUGUCCCUCCACGACUCUACAUCCAACCCCCCGCCCCCGAGCUGGGACCCCCACACACACAGAGACAGUCUUCUCAGUUGCGGAGGCAAUCAGUUGGACGUGGACUUCAGCUAACGCCAGGAAUAGGCAGUACUCAGCAGCAUUUCUUUGACGAUGAUGACAGAAUGGUUCCCAGUACACCCACUCUUGUCGUGCCUCAUCGUAAUGAUGGCUUUGCAGAGGCCAUUCACUCUCCUCAGGUGGCAGGACUGUCCACUAGAUUUAGGUUUGGACCUCCUGAGGAUCUUCUGCCUCAAGCCUCAGCCUCACACUCAGAUCUAGGACAGUUGGCUUCACAAGGAGGUCUGGGCAUGUAUGAGUCUCCCUUGUUCUUGGCUGCUCAUGAUGAAGAUGGAGGAGGAAGAAGUGUUCCAACUACUCCCCUGCAGGUGGCAGCACCAGUGACGGUGUUCACAGAGUCCCUGCCCUCGGACGGUGCUGACAAUAUGGCGUCCCAGUCUGUUCCCAUGGUAACCGCCUCCACAGCGAUGUCAGCUGCAGCUGAUGAUGGUGACGAGGUUUUCAUGGAGCAUGAAGCAGAGAGUGCGGGUCUUGAACCCUCUUUAGACAGUCAGGCCGACAUGGAUUCAGCUGCUCAGCAGAGUGAAGACGCAGCACUGCCCUCCACAAGCCAAGAUCCUGACACCAGCAGUGCCACGCAGAGACGAACCCUGCCCAGUCAGCCACUAUUCUCCAGCCUUUUGGGGCGAGGGAGCAGAGGAAGGGGCGAGGGCAGAACUCUAAUCAGCCGUAGAGGGGCGUACUCUCGAGGAGGAAGAGGGACCAUGGGAAGAGGAAGCUUCCUGUAGGAAAAUUUAAAUGAAUGUACUGCAGAAAUCCCAUGCAGUAAAUGUUAUAAAGCAUCUGUGAUAUUGUUCAUUGGAAACUUUGUUUUCUAUUUUAUGCUUUAUCAUGAAGUAGGAUCUAAUUUUGUAAUUAUAUGGCUGUGUGAUUUGACGCUGUUGCUGCACCCAAAAAUAAACUUGUUUUAUUAAUAAAUUGA